CGCCAUUUUGAGGUCAUUGUCUUUUAACCUCUUCUCAAAGAACUGGUACACUGCUUAGAAUGUAAUCAACUCAGGUAUCGUAGGUGUGGUGGUGGGACAGUAUAGGUUAUGUAGUGGCAGUAGUGUAGAAUAGUUUUAGUUUAGUGGAUUAGUAUUUUUCUGUCAAUAUGGUGAGACAAUCCAAGAGGGUAUUAUUUAAUGGACAUUCUUCCCCAACUAAGACAACUCCAGAAAAACCAGCGAAAAAGAAUAGCAGGACAUAUGAUGGGCUAGAAGUUCUAAAACCGGUGAGAAGAGGUCCUAAACCAUGGACAAAGGAUGAAGAAAAUGCUCUUGUGGAGUAUAUUAGCUUAUCAAAACUUGAAUUUGAGUUUGAUGAAUGGCCAUACAUGAAAGGGAGCAGUAAAUAUUGGUGUGAUGCUGCAGUUUCUGUGAAUAAAGUAGGAUUUGGUAGAACAGAGCACAGUUUUAUCACAGUAUUAAAUAACCACCACAUCAUAAAUCGUCCUACUAAUUACAUUCAACUAUCGGUGGAUGCCAUGAAAACACUCUAGUGCAAUAAAGAAGAUAACAUACCACAUGAACUAGUGAAAGCAAUUGCAUUAAAGAGAAAUGAUGGGUCACCAAGAAUGCCUUUGGAU